GUGAAUUGUCAUUCAGGUACAGAUAUCAUGUGGAGCCAAAGAUGUCUAUCAAGAGGAGUCACUCCCUGUUUCAAGUACCUGACGCUAAUGAAACCCGGAAAAACGUUUCACUCUUGUGAAGUGUUGCUACAUACUAGACUAGCUGUGAUGAUGGAGAAAGCUGCACUGCUGCUUUGCUGCCUGAUCAUGACUUUGUCAGGCUCCCCACUCUACCCAGCCAUUAGGUUCGGCCAGAGGGAUACAUCUAUCCUGAUGACAUCUUCACUAAAGAAUCCAACAGAGCAGCAGGAGGAAGACGCACGUCCUCCCAGGGAGCCAGCAGAGUUGCGCUUAGAGCGCCACGCUGAUGCCAUCUUUACAAACAGCUACAGGAAAGUCCUGGGCCAAAUCUCUGCCAGAAAGUUCCUUCAGACAAUCAUGGGCAAACGGCUGGGGGAUGGAAGUGAGAGCUACAUGAAACGUCAGUCAGAUAUCUAUGAGGGGACAUACAAGGAAGACCUCACAGCCAUCCAGAGAAAUCAGAGACACAGGGGGGUGCACGGGAAUGUCCUGAGACCCAGACUUCUGAGUUGAGGAGGAAAGCUAUAUCAUCACAUUUUUUUUAACCAUCUUUUAUUUGUUUGAGGGUGUCCUUUAAAGAAAAGAAAUUAAAUCGUCUUAUAUAUUCACAUUAAAAGUUGUGAGGAAAUC